GUCGAUUCAAGUGUCAGGUCUACUUAAGUUACGAUCACAGUUUGCUCUGUACCGUCCACGAGUGAGUAACUUUCUUUGCGAUAAGUGUCAAAAGUGACAAAUACUGCAUUUUAAACGAUGCAGCUGCCCAAGGCAAAUGCCUUGAACUUGAUCGCAGUGGCUCUUUUGUAUUUGGCGGGCUCCGAUAAGUGGAUCGUAUCGGGCUCGCUUCCAUGUGCGUUACGUCAGUACCCAACCGGUUCGGUGUGUGUUUGUAAUGUGACCUACUGUGAUACAUUGGAGUUCGAGGAACCAACCAAGGCUGGGAAGUUUGUGCUUGUGAGCAGUGGCCGUGAUGGCGUACGAUUUGCCCUGUCUGAGGGCAGCUUUAUUGAUGCUUCGAAUGAAAAAUUUUUACCAGAGGUCCUCCGGAUACCGAAACAACGAUACACACGUAGCACCAGAUCCGUAACAGUGCAACUGGAUCGACGGAAAGUAUUUCAGACCGUAAUUGGAUUCGGCGGGGCUUUCACCGGAGCAGUUUCCUACAACUUGGGACGACUGAAACCAGACCUACGGUACAGUUUGUACCGAUCGUACUACUCGGCAUCCGUGGGAAUUGGGUACAACUUGAUGAGGAUACCGAUUGGAGGAUGUGAUUUUGACUUAAAACCGUGGGCAUAUAAUGAGCUACCUGUGAAUGAUGCAAUGUUGACGAACUUCACUAAACUUGAUGAUCGAGACCUGAUGAAGAUAGCACAAAUACGAGAGCUAAUGGACGUUGCGAAUAAUCGUAAAAUCAAAUUCAUGGGCGCUGCAUGGAGUCCACCUAAAUGGAUGAAAUCGAAUAAUGACUGGACUGGAUCCAGCAGACUUAAGGCAGAAUACUACCAAACAUGGGCUGAUUAUCACAUCAAGUAUCUGAAGUUAGUGAAAGAAGCUGGAUUAAACUAUUGGGCUAUAUCCACCGGCAACGAACCUAUGAAUGCUGUCAUUGGGUUCCUCUUUAUUCGGUUCAUGAGUCUCGGUUGGACUGCUCCUAGCCAAGGUAAAUGGGUUGGCGAAAAUCUUGGGCCAACGUUGAGAAAUUCUGCUUUCCGUGAUGUGAAGCUGUUUGCAGGAGAUGAUCAGCGAUACACUUUUCCCUGGUGGUUUUCACAAAUGAACCAAGGGCAUCCCAAUGCGACGGAAUACUUAGAUGGAUUGGCUGUCCACUGGUAUUGGGAUAGUGUUACUCCACCUGGUCUACUAGAUCAGGCAGCUCGCCUAUAUCCGGAUAAACUAGUUUUCAACACCGAAGCAUCACUAGGCGAUAAACCAUUUCAAACCCACGGCCCGAUAUUAGGCUCAUGGGAUCGAGCGGAGUCAUAUAUCACCUACAUCCUGCAGGAUUUACAACAUAACGUGCAUGGAUGGAUCGAUUGGAAUUUAAUGUUGAAUGAAAUUGGUGGUCCAAAUUACGCCAACAAUUUCGUUGAAAGUGCUGUUAUUGCUAACACGACAACUGGCGAAGAAUUCUACAAGCAGCCUAUCUUCUAUGGGUUGGGCCAUUUCUCUAAGUUUAUAAUAGAAGGAUCAACUCGAUUCGAAACUACCAGCAGUGACUCUGGAGUAAUUGUCGUCGGCUUCGUGAGGCCAGAUCGAAAAACGACUUUGAUUUUAUAUAAUAAAAAAACUAGUUCAUGUGAGGUGACGAUCAAGGACCCGGAACGUGGCACAGCUCAGUUGCAUCUUCCGCCCAAAUCGGUACAUUCCAUUCUCUACGCAUAAUUGAAACCGUGACAAAUUUGUGAAUAAAAGAAGAUAAACAAAGAGAAGUUACGAUCCGUCAA